ACCUGAUUUUUGGAAAACAAGAUGCCACGGAAAAGGAAAACUGGUGGGAGUCCUUCUCGGAAAAGUGGAAAUUUCGACAGAACUGCUGUUGCUGUGCCCCUUCACGGGAACCCAAGACUUUCAGUACCGCAAGCAAUGUACAGUGUCAAUAAGGAAGAGCUCUUCAACAGCAUGUCAGAAAUGUUUUCUGAUCUGGAUCCUAGUGUAGUUUAUAUGGUUUUGUCUGAAUGUGAUUUUAAAGUAGAAAGUGCUAUGGAUUAUCUGCUAGAGUUGUCCACCCAUGCAAAAGGAGUAGCAUCUUCAAAGAUCUCAAGUUUUGACCCAGUUGUGUCAUCAAUGGCUCUUAUGAAUCAGCAGAGAUCUGUUACAAAUGAAAGAGUGAAGGAAAGUACUGCACAAGAAAAUAGUCCUGAAGGAACAGGAGAGGUCCUAUCGCAUGAUACGCAGCUGACUGAGGACCUGGAUUCCUUAAUAGAGAAUGCUUUUGUGAGGUACAGCUUGGGUGAUGAAUUGCCUGAUUCUGCAGAUGACCACAUCACAAAUAAAUACACUGUGGGACAUGACAGUUUUAGUGGAUUUACUGAUUUUUCUGAGUGGGAAAAACCUGAUUCUGGUUGCAAUGCCCUAUCUCCACAGCAAGUGGAGAUGAAUAAUGAGAGUUUAGAAAACUUUGGUUGUACUCAGCCGCCUAUGCCUGUGAGUGAGCUGAGCAACCACAGAGAAGUUAGUUCACCAGCUGAAUUGGAUCCUUUUGCACAGACGCUGGGUGAUCCUGGUUUAUCAGAAAUACCUGAUGUGGCUCCAGAAGUCUAUAAGCAAUCCAGUGAAGACAUGCCAUGUGGAAAUUCCCAUCAGAUAGAAAAUACCGCUUCAGACCAUGGAAGUGUGACUGCUGCUUUUGGUGAAUCCUCCCAGAGACCUGUGGAACUGAUAAUAACUGUCCCUGAAAAUCCUAAUUCGAAGUGUCUGGAACAGCGCGAAUUGGAAAUGGAUGCCUGCAGCAGCAGCCAAAACUCUUUUCUCCCGGAGGUGAAUGCCUCUCUUGAAAGAUCCCAUUUGAAAACACCAGAACUUGCAGAUUUUCAGCAAUCUCAGCAGGGAUAUAAUUUAAGUUUUUCUACACCAUCACCUCAACCUCAGCAGCAUUGGAAUCCCAUGGCUCCCCAGUUUUAUCCGUCCAGUGGAAGUCAUAGCUUUGUAACUCCUGUGGCUGCUAGUCCGGGCCAGUGGAGACCUUUUUCAGACUAUAAGACUUUUGAAAUGAAAGGACUUUAUUUUUCCUCUCCAGUGGUUUCCAAUGCCUGGGAUAGCAAUCCUUCCUUGAAGGUAUGGGGAAAUCAAGAUAGAAACUCAAAACUGAACCACUCGCAAGCACUGCAGCCACCUGUUUGUCACAUGAUGAGAAAAAAGAUGCACCUUAUAGGUCAAGUACUUGUUCUUCUCAGAGGUGUUCCAGGAUCAGGAAAAUCAUUUUUGGCAAGGGCUUUGCUUGAGGAUAAUCCAGGUGGGAUCAUUCUUAGUACUGAUGAUUACUUCUAUAAACACGGACAGUACCACUAUGAUGCGGGUUGCUUAGGGGAAGCCCAUGACUGGAACAGGAAGCGAGCCAAAGAAGCAUUUGAAAAGAGAAUGUCUCCUAUAAUAAUAGACAACACAAACAUACAGGCGUGGGAGAUGAAGCCUUAUGUUACUUUGGCUCAGCAGUUCAAAUACAAAGUCAUGUUCCGAGAGCCAGACACUUGGUGGAAGUUUAAACCAAAGGAACUUGAAAGGCGGAACAUUCAUGGUAUCUCUAAAGAAAAGAUCAAAAGAAUGCUGGAACGGUAUGAACGCUGCCUUUCGGUUAGCUCGGUUUUGAAUUCUUCAGUCCCAGGAAAAUCCGAAGCUGCUGUGUGGAGUGAAAAUUCUUCUCAGGAAGAAAGCUCUAGAAAGAGAGAGAUCCAUUCUGACGUAAAGGAAGAAAGACCUUUUGUUUUUAAAGCGGAACCUCUUGCAUUAGCUGAAGAUAAAGAAUCUUUGUCUGCUACUACUUUAACAUUAGAAAAUAAUUCUGCUCUUGAAGGUUUUGAGAAAGAGGGCAAAGAACUGAAAAAGGACUCAGUGGAACACAGUUCUGAGAACAACACUCUUAAAGAUGACUUGGAUAUCUAUUUGUCAGAUCGUGAAGAGAAAGUACUGCUUUUUGAGAAGGGAGAAGAAAAGGGAGAAAAAAUGGAAGGAAUUACUGAAACAAAAGUGGUUGAGGUAGAUGAGACUAGCUCUGAAGGGACUGUAUGCUUGCAUGUGCCUCUUCCUGAAGGAGUCGAAGAACAUAGUGAUAACAGUGUUGUUGGAGGUGACACUGGAGUUGAACAAUACAGUGAAAUAACUGCAGAACCAGAAUUAACACAAAGAAAUAAUGUAGUUGAACCAAGCAGUUCAGUUUUGCAUGUGUCAGGCAAGCCAGAGUUACUAAACUUUCUGGGGGAUUGGCCUAUAGAACAAACAAUGGGACAGAGGGUCAAAAGACCUAGAAGAUUAGAAAAAUCUUUGAAGACUGAUAAGGAAGGCGAAACUCCCAGUCAGCCUCCUCUUGAAUUAGAUAGGGAGCAGGUGGGCCUACCUGAUUCCUGUACUGUUGAAAAAGGAUUGGAGGAAGAAAAUUUGUCCGUUAGUUCAGAUAAAAUUGCACCAGAAUUACAAAUGGUAGGUCAUUGGCCUCUGUCAGGCUCUUUAGAACAGAGACAGCAAAGGUCAAGGAGAGUGAGGAAGACAAGUCUAAAUCAAUCAGAUGAUAGUAUAAGUACUAAAGAUCACAUUAAUAGAAAUGCUCUUGACACAGUAGAUGUGCUUCGUGGGACACCUGUGGACACCUUGGAGCUGCAGGAUACAAAGAAAUUGCAUUUUCAGCAACCUGAAGCAGUAGCUAGUGAAACAACCACCGAGAAAAAAAAUCAACAAAAUAAAAGAACAAGGAAACAUCACAAAUUAGCUCUCACUUUUACAAACAAUAAUCUGCCUCCUCCCAGAGCAGAGGAGCAGUUGUCUGUGCUUAACACUGCAGAAGAGAAACAUGACACAUGCUCAUGUAGACAAGUAAGUAGCCAUUCACAGACUGAAUCACAGGAUUUUGCUCUUCUGUGGAGGCUAGAAAAGAACAUGAUUUUUCCUGAGACUACCAAGGUGUUGCAUGGCAGACUAGAUGGCUUCAGACCCAAAAAUGUAGAUAGUGCUUCUGAUUUCCAGGAAAAAAUACCCUAUCGAGUUACGUAUGAUAAAAGUACAUUUGUGGAGGAAAGUGAGCUUAUCAAUAUUGAUGAGUCUGAAAAGUUAAAUAUGCUCUGCAAGCUCUUUGAGUCUCUUUCAGUUGAAGCUCUGAAAGAUUUGUAUGAGAGAUCUACUUUUGAGGGUUCAGAGAACAAGAACUCAUUGAUCAGCAUUGCAGAAGGUAGUACCACCACAGUAAUUGUGACAGAUGCUGAUAUAUCUGACUCAUUAACUACUGUCUCUAUGAAUGAUUCAGCGGAACACAAAAAUCCCAGUGAUGCAGCUCCUGGAAUUGAUGCCGUUGCCUCAGCAGCAGAUAUCACUGAACAGUCUAUGUCAGAAAUGCAGAAAAUAGAUAGGCAGCCUAUGAGUACUGCUGAGGAAACACAAAAUAAGCAGUCAGCUUCUCAGCUUGAUGUAGGUUUAUGUCUACCUGUGACUUCACCUCAUGGUCUUCAUACAACUCCUACCAAUUUAGAAAUCAAAUUAAAUAAUGAAAAUUACAGUAACCCUUCAGAAAGUGGUGCAGAGAAUAUCGAAGGACAUAAUACAGCUACUUUGUUACUGAAAAUGGAUCAAACAUCUUGGAAGGAUCCUACAGAUGAUAAAGAACUGGAAUCUGAUAAAGAAACCCGAGAGAGAUCCAGGGAGGUAUUUGGUAAAGAAAAAAGUGAAACUCCAAUUUGGGAUGCCAAGAUAGAAACCCCUUCACCAGUCCCAUCUGUGGCCUUCAAUAUAGACUGUCUAGAGCUAACAUUGCCUCCGGAACUGGCACUCCAAUUGAAAGAGAUAUUUGGGCCCAUUGGCAUUGAUGCAGGAUCACUAACCGUUGAGGACUGUGUGGUUCAUAUUGAUCUGAAUUUGGCAAAAGUGAUUCAUGAGAAAUGGAAAGAAUCGAUUCUGAAGCGUCAGAGGAGAGAAGAUGAAUCACACAAGUUGUUUGCAGAAGGUCCCACUCUGAGUCAGCAGACAGAUACAGAUGACUCAGAAGUGCAGUUAUCACAGAACACAGACAGUAAAAUGCAGAAGAAAAAUUCGAGCUGGGUUUCAGAGUCAUCUAAUGACAUUCAGACUAAAAAAUUAGCAACGUCAGAAGUCUUCCCAUUUAUGGAUCACUGGAAUGCUCAGAUUCAGAAAGUUUCUCUCAGACAAAUAAUAUCCGAAGAAAUAGCCAUGCAGGAGAAACAGGAUCUUAAACGUGUUCCUUCCAUGGCAAGAAAAGACUGUGCGGCCAAGCUAAAGGAAAAGCAGCUUUUUGAGAUGUUUCCAACCAUUAAUCAAAAUUUCUUAAUGGAUAUCUUCAAGGAUAACAACUAUUCUUUAGAACAGACUGAACAGUUUCUGAACUGUGUUCUGGAGGCAGAUCCUGUAAAAACAGUUAUAGCUCAAGAAAGUGCUCAUCAAAAUGAAACUGUUCCUUUCUGCAAUGCUGCAAAGAACCGUGAGAAGAAGGCAAAAAAAAGUAAGGAAGAGGACGAUACUCUGAAUGAAGUGAUAUUCCAUGACUUUGAGUAUCCACAGUAUGAUGAUUUCAGAGCAGAAGCUUUUCUUCACCAGCAAAAGAGACAGGAAUAUUUGAAAAAAGCUGGGGAGGCCUAUCGCAUGGGUAUGAAACCUGUGGCAGCUUUUUAUGCACAGCAGGGUCGUCUCCACGAGCAGAAGAUGAAAGAGGCCAACCAUGCAGCUGCCAUGCAAAUCUUUGAGAAAGCAAACACCUCCCUGCUGCCCAUGAAUGUGCUGGAUCUGCAUGGUCUCCAUGUGGAUGAGGCUGUGAAUGAGUUGUCCAGAGUGCUGCAGGAAAAAAGCGAAGAGUACCAGCAGACUGGUGGUAAACCUUAUCUCUAUGUGAUCACGGGGAGAGGAAGCCAUAGCCAGGGAGGAGUUGCUCGCAUCAAACCAGCAGCAAUCAGAUACCUCACAAGCCACAACUUCAGGUUCACAGAAAUAAAAUCUGGCUGCCUGAAAGUCAUGCUGAUUUGAAGGGUUAUGGCGAAUUAAAAAGGAAUAUGAAAACUGAG